CCCAAAUUAUAGCUUCAGAGAGCAAUCAAAUCCCUAGAAAAUCCAUUACAAGAAUCAAUCGGAGAAGAAGAAAAAAAAUCAAUGACGUCUCUGGUAGACUACGCUUCAUCAUCAGACGACGACGUAUCAGAAGAAAACAAACCCCAAAACGAACUCCUUACCCCAAAGCAACCGCCUUUACCUUCCUCUACAAACCCUAAUAUUAACCCCAACAAAAUCAAUUCCGCAUCGUCUUCACCCAAUCCUUCAAAUUCAACCAACAACAAGCUUCCAGAUGCUUCAAUUCUCUUGAAUUCCUCGUCAAUUUUAUCUUCAAUUAGCGUCGAACCGCGUAAACGAGAUUCAACUCAAAUGGCGGCUUCUGCUUCAGUUGUAGCAGGUAGAAGUAGUAAGUUACAGAAGGGGAAGCUUUUAAAUGCGAAGAAUAAACCCGAUACAGAGGGCGGUUUGUUAAUUCCGCCGCAAUUAUUAGGGAAGAGUAACAUUGUUACUGAAGAUAUUUCUAAGCUUUUUGUUCAGAGGAAAACUGAUAAGCUUCAGCCUUAAAUUUUAGGUUUUUUUGUUGUGAUAAUGUUUAUGUUAAUUUGAAACUCUUUUGGUGUUUGUUUAAGUAUAAUGAUGGUGUUUGUUGUAAUUGGGAAAUUUUGAUGGGUUCUUUUUAGUUAUUUUGUUGUAUGCUAUUUGUUGUGUUUGUCAUGAUUAAGUUUUUGAAUAUGACCCUACAGUUGUAGGGUCUUUAGUUGUCUAAUGUGGAAAAUUCAAUUGAAGUGAAAUUUUACUUGAUUGAA